UUGUUGAUAUCAAUGCAUUUGUCACGGAAAAUUUUUGACAAAACAACCAACGUGUUACACGUAACAUGUUUCAGGAACUAAUUCAUUGUAAAAUAACAGCUGGAUAGCUUUCAGAUGUUUCAUGGCAUGCGACAUAAAAUAUGUUGAUAACUCAGUGCUUUCCGCUACCUAGCCUGUUCAAAAAGGGUGAAAAAUAACACUAACCUUGCUGGUGUGUUGACAGUAUCUCCCGGCCAAAAAGGGGAAUCCCCAUCAGGAGGGGAUUUUUUACAUGUUACUGUUGUUUGGAGUAAGAGUGAAAAAGAAAAGCUCCUUAUCAGAACACACUCAUAAAUCAAGAUGGCAUUAAGAUUGCGUAUAAUAAGUCAAUGUUUACCGAGUCCAAAGCAGUUUCCGUGCAGUGUAAUGCCAGUUGUUAAGGCAAGUACCCAGUCAAACAGUGAUGGAGAAGUGUCUAUGGAUUUCAAGAUCGAUGGGGCAAUUGCAGUUUUGGCACUUAACAGGCCUGCUGCUAGAAAUGCUAUUGGCAAGAACUUACUGAACAUGAUGAGAUCAAACAUCGAGCGCAUUAAAUUUGAUCCCAACCUAAGGGCACUGAUUCUUCGCAGUGCUGUUCCAAAUGUAUUUUGUGCUGGAGCAGACCUGAAAGAGAGGGCCCAGAUGCCAGAAGAAGAAGUUGGUCCAUUUGUAGCUGGGUUACGCCAGGCUAUUACUGAAAUUGCCAACUUUCCAGUUCCCACUAUUGUGGCCCUAGAUGGUAUAGCAGUUGGUGGGGGACUGGAAUUGGCACUUGCGUGUGACAUACGGAUCGCUUCUGACAAUGCCUCUAUGGGUCUUGUGGAAACAAAGCUGGCCAUUAUACCAGGGGGUGGAGGAACUCAAAGACUUGCAAGGCUGGUAGGUCCAGCUCUUGCAAAGGAACUUAUUUUCACAGCAAGAGUAAUUAAAGGCCCAGAGGCCGAGAGAAUUGGCUUAGUCAACCAUGUUGUAAAGCAGAUUGAUACCGGCGAUGCAGCUUAUCAGAGGGCAUUUGAGCUGGCUCAAGAAAUUGCUCCUCAAGGUCCUGUCGCAUUGAAAAUGGCAAAGCUGGCGAUUAAUCGUGGUAGCGAGGUUGAUUUGGAGACUGGUCUGCAGUUUGAACAAGCAUGUUACGCCCAGGUAAUCCCCACCAAAGACCGGAUUGAGGGAUUGACUGCAUUUAAGGAGAAGAGAAUCCCUGUGUAUAAGGGGAAAUAGGAAAUAUCAAUUUGAUUAACUAAAUUAAUUAAAAACUGCUUGAAUGUUUUAUAUCUUUGUAAUGGCUUAUUUGUAAAAUGCAAUUACAUGUACCGUAGAUAAACUUUUAAGUAAAUAAUGCAAGGAUUUCAUGGUUUUCUAAGCUAUUUAAGAGUCAAUUGAACUUGUAUACUUUUGUUUUGGAAAUUUUAUUGUGUACAAUUAAAAGAAUUAAAAAGUGUAAAGCAUU